AUGAACGACCCUCUCCGAUCCGGGCUUCAGCCGAUAUCCCACCUCAAGGCUGGGCCGACAACCUCCAGCUCCAGAUCCACCGCGCUGCCCUCCGCGACGGCAGUGCAGCCUCCUUCGCGUCCGUCCUCUCGACUCCGAACACAAAAGACCAGCAAGGAUGAACUAUCGGAUGCGAUCAGUGACAGGGCGACAACUGCCCUGAUCCGACGCGUCCUGUGCCCCCAGACAAGCAGCUAUGGGGCAUCCUCUCCACAGCCUCCGGAAGAGCUGUUACCUCCCCUCACGAGUUCCAACGACGUUGACCGUCAGCUGUACGCCCUUCUCGCUAUAAUAAUCAAAGAAUUUGUCUAUUCGUGGUACGCGAAAAUCACCCCCGACCAGGCUCUUGUGAAUGAAGUGCUACAAGUCAUCGCUCAUUGUACACGUGCUCUGGAGCAGAGACUACGCCAAAUCGAUGUCGCACAAUUAGCCCUGGAUGAGAUCCCCGGACUGGUGGAAGCACAUGUACUCUCAUACAGACUGGCCAAGCAACGGUCGCAUCUCUCAGGACUACCGACGUCGUACCGUGCGCUUUAUCAUGAGCUAAAUCCACACCCUGGUCUUUCUCCGGUGCCUGAUCAAACAGAUCCAGACACGAUUACGGAGCAGAGUGACAACGAAACAGUGUAUCGGCGGCUCCUGGCCAACGGUGCCCUGGCCGUUCUCCUCCCAACCGAGGAUCUCGAAAACAGCAGUCUCCGAGCGCUGGUCGUCGAUGUCAUCGCAGACCUGAUCCUGGGAAACCAAAUCAGUGGCAGAGCAUGCGAAGGGUGGUUCAUUUGGGAAACUGUAACAAAACUCGCCACGAGAGUGGGACAACGUCAAACCCCAGACGACGCAAAGUCGGCCCCGGACUCUCAAAUCAACCGGUUAGAGAAGUUUGGCUUACUAUCAAAUGAAGACGAAUCCGCGAAUCAGCCAUCGGCGUCAUUCUCAGCCACAGCCUGGAUAUGGAAUGUUCUGCAGGGCAUUUAUCUUGGUUACGUCGCUUUGCGUUUCAUUGCCAUAGGCCUGUUCCGUGUCGCAUCGAGUCCAGGCCCAUCCUCGCACGGUUUCAAUGUUUCAGUUGCCUCUUCGACAGCCAUCAAUCAGAAAAUAAAUGGGAUGGGCUCAGACAGUGUCACGGGGAAGCGCCCGGUUCUCGGCUACCGGAUGUAUUCCAUGGUCUCAGAGACUUUGGGAGUCCCCUGGAGGAUGCCAUGGCUGAGUGGGCUGUUCGCUCUGUCCCAGCAUCUGAUUCUGGCAGGCCCUGGCAGGGUUGGUGGUACCGACGGAGUCCUUGAUAGGAGGGUGUCACCUGUGCCACCGUGGAACAAGAAGCGUCUUGCUCGCAUGCUGCGUCGGUCACUUGAUCUAUUCCUUCGGGAAACCAUUGAGGAAUACGUGCUGACCCCCACUUUGUUGCCCAACCUUCUUCUUGCGACAAGGACCGCCUUGUUCCCGGCCAAUACCCGCCCGUCAUCUCAGAUAGCGGUCGUGAAUAUUGGAGACCCGGCUUCGGUUCCGCCACAGGCCUCGGCGCCCAGUCAGAAAGCCCACGCAACCACCGCCUCACCUAGCCCCCCCAUUACGGAAGGAGUUAGGGAACCUGCAGCAAGUGACACAAUAGGUAAAAGAAUCGAACCCAAAAGCAACAGCAAUAGUGGCGGCAGUGGCGGGGGUCCAACCUCAACAACGACAGCCUCAGCCAGCCCAGCGUCACUUUCUUCCAUUGCAGCCGAUGCCCCAACAACAGCAUCGACACCCGUGCCGGCUGAGCCGGAGAAAAGGAACACUCCAUCUGAGACGGAGAUCGCCGCUAUCAAGCGGCGAUGUGCAGCUAGUCUCCUGGCCUUGAUUCCGCGCAGCCUCGCACGAACCUUCUUUGGUGUUUCCUCGUCGGCCCCUCCACCCUGUAGCGGUGAUCGUACCUGCAGUACCAACACUUCGCCCUCCCUUACCACCACCACCACCACCUCGCCAUCCCAACCACCUUCCAGGGCGAAUGGUGGGGACCAGCCCCGACCUGCGGUUCAGGGGAAGGAAUCAACCCUGUCAUCAUCGCAUUCGCUUUCGGCUUCAUCUCCAGCCCUGCCUGAGCAGAGUGGUCACCUUGCCGCUGAGCGGCUGCGCACAGAUGACGAUCCGUCUGGCAUUGAUCUAGAGGAUGAGUACCUCCUGGAUACAAUUGAGAAUGAUAUCCUGGACGUCUUUGCGGAUGAGUACUGCAACAAACAUCUAAUCUACUCUAUUAUUGAGAUUGUGCUCGCAAAUGUCCUCCCUGAGGUAUCUGAGCACAGCGUGGAAGAUCUACUGGAGGACCGUGGGGUGGCGUCAGUACCAUCUGCAUUCUAG